UGCAACCUCCGUCUCCCGAGUUCAAGCGAUUCUCCUGCCUCAGCCUCCCGAGUAGCUGGGACCACAGGCACUGCCACCUCGCUGUCUGAUCUUGACUCAGCUCUGUGUGUUCCGGCUUUUCACCAAUUCCCAUCCCAGCUGCAGAUGACAAGCCCCACCCCCAAGAACCUCCGACAUGGGCACGGCCCUGCUGGGUCUACCCACUGCUGGGUCUAGGGCCCCACUGCUCCUGGCAUCCCCUGGAAGCCUCCCUGUGUGACCCCCGGCCCCUCGUCUGGGUGGUGACGUCACCUCUCAGGUCCUGGCUCCCACAGGGGCUCCCGGCACCCCUGCCCCAUGACCUGGAGUCAGGAGGAUGAGAAAGGGGCAGGCUCUGCACUCAGGGACGCAACACCGUUGGGAGCUGGGGUGAAGGCUGGCCCAGGCUGUGUGCCGACCCCGCUUCACCCGGCCACCAAGCAGGCUGCCCCGCUGGCGUCUGUUCUGAUACAGUGGUCCUGGGUGUUGAGGCCCAGGCAGGUUGGGGCUGCUUUCUCUCUGGGUACCUGGACGAGCACCGGCCUCCCUGUGCCCAGCCUCAGGGCCAGAAGCAAACCCCACUGUGCCCUGCAGAGCUGAGCACUAGGGCCAGGAAGCCACACAGAUGCACACCCGACUUUGCAGAUGGAGCCCGGGGCGGGCAGCAGCCUCCUCCGGUGACAGGAGUGGCACGGGUGUCUACUUCACACUCCCUGCACACUCAGGGCUGGAUCACGCCUCCAAGCACCUCACGAUAGCCCCUGUGAGGGGGUCACAGGCGGACAGCAGAGGGAGAGCCCAGCCACACACGCCCUAAGCCUGACACGGACGGAGAAGCCCCUGCCCUGGGCACCGCCCCGCCCCGCAGAGUCUCGCCUGGAUACAUGCCCACCCCGCGGAGUCUUGCCUCAGCCUCAGUGGGGCGCACUGACCUGCAGCGGGUGGGGGCAGCCCAGUGCAAAACGGGAGCACUGCCUGCACACCUGCUGCCCACAGUGGCCCCCAGCCCAUGUCCCCCACCUCAGGACUGGCCCCGACAGUCACUGCCUGUGCCUGAGGCCUUCACAGCAGCAGGAGUGCAGUCAGAGGACAGGCAGGGCUGCCACCCUGGGCCACGGUCCAUGGGCACAGGGCGGGUACCCAGCUCCCCAUGCCCCUACAAACAAGAGCCGCCACCCCAAGACUCAGCCGCUUCCGAGGGCGCAGACCACUCCCCGGAGGCAGUCACCACUCGGUCGGGGCCCAGCACCCGUCCGUCACCAAGGAAGAAGAGCCUGGCCUCUCCUGGGGUGCUCCGAACCCCAGGGGGUGCCCGAGGGAAGCCAGACAAAGCCGGCGCCUGGAAGGAAGCAGGGAUGUGAAGGCCGGGCACCCACGGUGCCCAUGCAGGCCUGGGUGUUGGGGGCCUAUCCUGCCACGCCUGAGGGCCACAGCGAAGAGCAACGAUCUCGGGGAGGGAGAACGGGACGCUGAUCCUCAUUCAGCCUCCACCCAACCCACACGGCCACAAUUCCAUCCCAAGGGGAGAGCGCCGGCUCAGGGUCACACACCAAGGAUGGCUCCCGGGCACCAAAUGAGACUGCAGCCAUCCCCACAGGGGCUGCUCUCAUGGCCGGCUCUGGGCCAGAGCCGACCCUCCCUGUCAGCUCCCACCCCCUUCCCCAGCCCGGGCCUCAGGCCUCUACCUGCCCUGUUCUUCUCGGGGUCCUCCAUCUGGUCUGGGCCCAGGGCCAGUUCCCUGGGGAGGGCCCUGGCAGCCCCCUUCUCUGACUGUCUCCACUCAGUGAUGUCACAGUCCCUGGACUGACAUCACCACACAGCCCUUAGCCCAGAGCCCAGGGAAAAGCUGAGGGGAGGCCAGGGACCUCGCUGGGCUGGGCAGGUGCAGGCCACCCCCGUCCCAGUGCCCUCAGAGACACCUAGACUCAUGUGGACCCGGCCGUGGCCCCUUCUGGCCAGCGCCAUCCAGGCCGGCCCUGCCCUCUGACCUGGGGCCGCAGGGGCUGGCCACCAUGGGCUCGGUCCCCCAUCACCCCGAUUCAUCUGCACCCCAAGGAAAGAGAAUGCGGAGUUUCAGCGCCCCAGGACCCACGAGCCCCCGAACACCAGGGCAGCACAUACUUCCAGUCCCAGGGCCAGAGCAGAGCGGGGCCAGGCCCAGCCCGGUGACACAGGGCAGACGGAAGGGCGCCCUCCAAAACAGAAGAGCCCAGGAGCUGCCGCGGCCGGGACGAACCAACCGCAGGCUGACCUAGGCCGGCAAUGGGUUUAACGCGUUGGGUGCAAAAGAGAAACACUCCACAAAUCAGGGAGAGAAGGGAAGCUGCCCACGCCACAGGAGGAGGCUGAGGAGUGAAUGCCGGGGCCAGGUGGGGCCAGUCCUCACAGCACUGUGGAGACCAGACCAAGGGCGACUGUCAUCACCACGAAAAGGCCUCGUCCACGGCAGAAGCCAACCUCACCACACCGAUUGCACCAGAGAUGCCCAUGAGGAGAGCCGGCCUCCGAGAACGCGGCUGAGCCGGCACAGGCCACCGUCAGCAAAGGCAAGGACCCAGAUUAUGCAAAGGGAGGCGCGGCUGCCAUGGACUCUAGGACCUCAGACAGCAUCAACAAAAGCAAAGGGGACACAUUUGCAUCAAAUCCAUCACAAAGACGGCCUUCCAGACUCUGGGGGAAAUGGAGUCUCACUCUGUCGCCCAGACUGGAGUGCCUUUUCCCCUCACAGCGUGGGAGCCAACGGGUGAUGUCCCGCCCUGGUUUCCCUCCACCCGAAGGCAGUCACCUUGGUCGCCGGCUCCUGCCUCUGCGAUGAUCCCCACGAGGGCUGCAGAGUGGAGGGCACAGCGGGGUUCGGCCUCAUUACCCGGGGAGCCCCAGGCGAGAGCUUGGUCCUGGGGAGCUGCCCAGGUCUUUGCCAUCCCCCGGCCUCCAUCCAGUCCCUCACGACUUGGCUCCUGGCCCUGGGCACCGAGCGAUGCCUGCUAGGCCCGUGCGCCUCAGAGUCAGGCCUGUAUUCACUUCAGCUUUUAUUAAGGGCUUUCAGGGAUUGGCUCUUCUAAAUCAUCAUCAAAUAUAUUGUUA